AAAUCAAUUUAGUUUUUGAGUUUAGUUUCGAACCAAGCCAAUACGAUCCGUGCACAUUUUUAGUUACAACCCACAUGUGAUGUUCUACAAUUAUAAGGUCGAGUGGUCCCGGACCAGCUAAGAUGCUGCUCUUGGCGUCUCAAUCCGCCAUGGUACUUUUCACGACGCUUUGUAAAUGUUCAAGGGGAUCCCUGAAUCGCGCACACAAUGUUCCGGAGCAUCCCUUGCGAUGCAAUGGAAAUGGCGUUUUUAUUUUUCUUUAAAUCAUAAUGAAGGCAUUAUGAAGCAGGGCGUAGUACUCGGUUGUUUCGCUUAAAUACGGAAACUGUUCGCCGUCGGAAUACUAAAAACCCCUGCGUAAAAGUAGUCCUGAAAUCCUUCACUCCCUCCCGCCAUGACCGCCCUCUUUCCCCCUCAAACUCUGUUCCCUCUUCCUCUCUUCCCCCGUCUGCGAAACCCUAGCCCUAGAACCGGGACCGGACCCCGGCGAAAGCCCCUGACCCUAACUGGCUCCAAGGAGGUGGAGCGGGGCGUCGAGUUCGAGACAGGCGACUCAUUCUUCCGCCGCGAGAGUGCCGUCGGCCGCGACCUCGGCGUCCUCGCUGCCGUCCUCCACCGGAAGUCCCUUGGCCGCGGCCUCCGCGUCCUCGAUGCCAUGUGCGGGUGCGGCGUCCGCUCACUCCGCUACCUCUCCCAGGCCGGCGCGUCCUUCGUGUGGGCCAACGACGCCUUCGAGGGGUACCGGGGCCUCAUCCUCUCCAACCUCUCCGGAGAGGCUAGGGUUUCCCCCGGAGGGGAUAGGAGGUGGGUGGUCACGCAUCUGGUUGCGAAUAAGGUCCUGGCGGACCGUUAUCUCCAAAGGGACUUCUUUGAUUUGGUGGAUAUCGACUCCUUUGGGAGCGAUUCGUCGUUCAUGAGGUUGGCCAUUGCUGCAGUCAAGAUCGGAGGCUUGCUUUACAUCACGUCGACUGAUGGGUAUUCGUCGGGCGGGCAUCGGCCUCAUCAUUCUUUGGAUUCAUAUGGAGCAUAUGUUCGCCCGAUGCCUUAUUCGAAUGAGAUUGGUUUACGAAUGCUUAUAGGUGGUGCUUAUCGAGAAGCAGCUGCUUCAGGGUUUCAUUUAUCACCACUUUUCUCAUACUAUUCAUACCACGGACCCAUAUUCAGAGUCAUGCUACAAGUGGCUCGUGGAAAGCUCCAUGAGAACAGCCAGUAUAGUUUCAUUAGCUACUGCAAUCAAUGUGGAAAUUCUGAAACUUUUCCUUGGGAAGAGCUUGGGCAGAUUUCUUGCCCUUGCAGAAAUGGAGGGGUACUUUUUCUGAAAACCAAGCAACAACUUGAAGUCUUCAGGGGAUUGGAAAUUGAAACAUUGUAUGCGAUCAUGAAUGAUGAAAUCUAUAUAUGCCAAUAUAUUACAAAAAAAAUGGUUUCCAGGUCUGUGGUUGUCUCUGGCCCCCUCUGGACUGGUCCUCUUCAUGAUGCUGCUUAUUUAACUGAAAUGUUAAAAUUAGCUAGAGAGUGGGGAUGGGCAUGUACUAAACAGAAAGAUGUUGAUUUAGAGAAGCUUCUAAAUCAAAUGAUUGAUGAAAGUGAUCCUCAACUUCCUCCUGGAUACAUCAAACUUGAUGAGAUUGCUCGCCGAGCAAAAAUAAAUUCUCCUCCCAUCAGCACCCUGAUCAGUACUUUAGAGAAGGAAGGAUAUGUUGCUUCCAGGUCACAUAUUGUCCCCAAUGCAGUCAAGACAAAUUGUCCAAUGGCGGACUGUAUUCAUAUUGCUAGGGAACUUAGACAUGUAAGAUGACUAUUGAGGUUAACUCAUUAACAUGGAUUCAGCUUCCGGAGUUUUUUGCUGCUCAAACCGCCAACGGAGGUAAAAAUUCUAUUUUCUGACAGUACCAAGAGCAUAUGUGAGAGGUCAAUAGGUUGAACGUUGUACCCCAUCCUUUCCAUACCAAGGUCAGCAUCGCGAACCAUGGAACAACACGAAGAUGUUGGAAUAAGGUGUCCUAUGCUUUUUCACCGUUGUUGCCAUCAUCGGUUUUGGCCUCCGUAUUUGUUGUUGGUUGCAUCUAAAGAGGUGUAUGUAGUGUUUCCAACUGUAGAAAUGGGAAGUCAUCGCGUGAACUUCAAUUUUGUUGUAAUAUGCCAAAUGGAGGUCUUCAAAAAAAAAAAAAAAAGAAGAGUAAUUGAAGUUUGGGGUGCUAAAGUUCCAAGCCUAUGAGUUUUGAUUCAA